AUGGAGCAAGGACAUACCGAACAGAGAACAACAGCCCAGGACACAGGAGGCAACAAACCCCGUAGUCGUCUGGCGCGAUGUGCACUCUUCAUUGUCUCGAUCCUCAUCUUUGUCGCCACCAUCCUUGUGGUCCUGUUCGUGCCCUUCAACGAUGACGGCGAUGGUGUUCGGGCGGUUCCGCCAAAGCUGGUGGUGAAGGAUUCUAAAGUCAGGAUACAGCUUGGUACCUUCAGGAAGGAGGGAGGAGGGCAGGGGAAGGGGAGGAAGAAAGGAGGGCUUGUGAGUGAUGUGUUGAUUGAAUCUGUGAACGUUCAUGCGUUGACGAUUCGUGUUCUUGAGGCCAAGGUAUCUCGAGGUGGAGUAGCAGGGGAUGACGAUUUGAUGAGAGAGGAGAAGGAGCCCACGCUAAUGGUGGACAGGGUCCAGAGUGACACUGGGACGUUUGUGAAUUUCUUUAUUUCGUCCCCCGACUCCCAGCUUCCCAACAAUGACAAGCAGCAGUACAGACGCGGGCACGGACGACGGGAGGAAGAGGAAGAGAGUAUUGUUGCCGGACGAUUGCGACUAAGGAUUGAGGUGCCACUUGGCUUCGCGGGUGAGCUGACGAUUGAUGGGGCUGUUCUCAACAUCGAGGGGUCGUCCUCGCUUGCCAAGGCUCGAUUCAAUCUAUUGCAUCUUACUACUGACGAGGGCGAUAUCAUCCUUGGCAGCAGUAUCGAUAGCAACAGCAGUGACGACAGCGACGACAGGACACCAUCCCUGCACGUCGGACAUCUCUACGCCCGCAUCCACCAAAAGGGAUCCAUCUACAUCGACUACAUGGGCUCGUCUGAGAGAGGGAAACCCGUCCGGGCCCCCAGCAGGGCGAUAUCACCAUGA